UCAACGCGCACACACAAAUACUGUGCAUUCAUAGGCUGCAGAAACGCACCUCCUGAAAGUGAAAUAUACCAAAAUCAAAAGGCUACUGUGGAAAAAAAAAAGGUUCUGUAGCUGCAGAGAUGAGCUGCAGCAGCAGCAGCUUCAAGGCUUCAUGCUUUCUCCCGUCGCGUCGCCGUUCCUGUCGCUGAUUUGUCACUUUUAUGUUCCAGGAUCUGUCUGAGCAGAGAGACAUGGCCAAGCAGCCGGCCGGCUACAUCCCAAUGCAGCAGCAGCAGGAAGGAGCGGCGGGAUUUACAGCAAACAAACCGGACAACACGGUGCCAUGCCAACCACACGCCCCUCACCACCACCCGGCGCCUCAACCGCCGCCUCCGUGCAACGAGAGUAAAACUUUUUGUCCCCCGGAGAAUAAACCGGGAGAACCGGACUCCAAUAAGGAGUAUGGGACGUUUAAAAGCGCGCCGGCGCCUCCCGUCCCCGGAUCAGUGGCCAUCAACUCGGCCUUCAGGAAGGAUUCAGCCGGCGACCCGCUGCGGGCCACGGCGGAGCAAAACAACACCCCGGGCAACUGGACGACCAUGAGCCAGACCACCAUCAUACUGGGAACAGAUGGAAACACGUCUGUUCAGCCGGGGACUUUAGCGGGGGCGGACGUUGUUGUUGAUGAUGAUGAUGAUGAUGAGGGGGGAGAUGAGAAUAAGGCCAGAGGAAACUGGUCCAAUAAACUGGAUUUUAUUCUGUCCAUGGUUGGCUACGCGGUGGGACUGGGAAACGUGUGGAGGUUCCCUUAUCUUGCCUUCCAAAAUGGUGGAGGUGCUUUUUUGAUUCCCUAUCUGACCAUGCUGGGCAUCGCUGGGAUCCCAAUCUUUUUGCUGGAAGUGUCUCUGGGCCAGUUUGCCAGCCAGGGGCCCGUGUCAGUUUGGAAAUGCAUUCCCGCUCUCCAAGGUUGCGGGAUUGCCAUGUUGAUAAUAUCUGUCUUGAUAGCCAUAUACUAUAACAUUAUAAUGUGCUGGACACUGUACUACCUGUUCGCUUCGUUGAAGGGCUCACUGCCAUGGGCUAACUGUAGGAAUGAGUGGAACACGCUGGAAUGUAAGGACAAAGACAUGCUGCUGUUAGACUCCUGCAUCCUGCGGGACAGAAACCCCGUUUCCAUCAAGAACUCCACUUUCUGUCUGUCCGCCAACGCCGUGGGAAACCUGACAAAGCUGCUUAACAUGACGGCGGACGGCAACAAGACCUACGUCAGCCCCAGUGAGGAAUACUUCAAGUACAAUGUGUUGCACAUUUCCAAAGGGAUUGAAUAUCCGGGAGACGUCCGCUGGCCCCUGGCAGGCUGCCUCUUCCUGGCCUGGCUCAUCGUCUACGCCUCGUUAGCCAAAGGGAUCAAGUCAUCAGGCAAAGUGGUUUAUUUCACAGCCACGUUUCCGUAUGUGGUGCUGGUCAUCCUGCUGAUCAGAGGAGUGACGCUCCCCGGUGCCGCCGACGGCAUCCUGUACUUUAUCACGCCAAAAUGGGAAAAACUCAACGAUGCAAAGGUGUGGAAAGACGCAGCUACUCAGAUCUUCUUCUCUUUGUCGGCUGCCUGGGGAGGCCUCAUUACGCUCUCCUCCUACAAUAAGUUUCACAAUAACUGCUACAGGGACACCAUCAUAGUGACGUGCACCAACAGUGCGACCAGCAUUUUUGCUGGAUUUGUCAUCUUCUCUGUUAUUGGUUUCAUGGCUCAAGAACUGAAGGUGCCAAUAGAGAAAGUGGCAGAUGAAGGUCCAGGCAUAGCCUUUGUGGUGUAUCCUGAAGCUCUGACCAGACUCCCUCUGUCUCCUUUCUGGGCAAUUAUCUUCUUCCUCAUGCUCCUGACUCUUGGACUGGAUACCAUGUUUGCCACCAUCGAAACCAUCGUGACGUCCGUGUCGGAUGAGUACCCCAAGUACUUGAGGAAACAUAAACCGCUCUUCACCCUGGUCUGCUGCCUCUCCUUCUUCAUCCUGGGCUUUCCCAUGAUAACAGAGAGCGGGAUGUACAUGCUGCAGCUGGUGGACACAUACGCAGCCUCCUACUCUUUGGUUAUCAUCGCCAUCUUUGAGCUGGUUGGGAUUUCCUACCUCUAUGGAACCACUCUGAAAGGUCAGAGGUCAGCAGGAAGCUCCAGCGGCAUCCUGGGACUGAGUCUGUACCAGUGGAAAGGGAUGACGUACGAGGACUACACCUACCCCACCUGGUCCAUGGUUCUGGGCUGGCUCAUGGUUAUUUGCUCGGUAAUCUGGAUCCCCAUCAUGUUUGUCAUUAAGAUGCACCUGGCCCCUGGCACCGUAGUGGAGCGUCUGAAGUUGGUCUGCUCCCCUCAGCCUGACUGGGGGCCUUUCCUGAUGAAGCACCGUGGAAAUCGCUACAAGAACAUGAUCGACCCAUUAGGAACCAGCUCCCUGGGUCUCAAACUGCCCCCAAAGGACUUCCAGCUUGGUUCCUAUCAGUAGCAGCUGCUCUGGAAGCAACACCUUCCAAGUUUUGCAGGGGGCGCUUGGAGUGGGGUGGACGCCUGCUUCCAGGCUGUUUUGUCCUCCACCUCAUCUUCCUCCUCCUCUGAUUUUUCUCCCGCUUUGUACUUCACUCUGUCUGCUUCCCCUCUUUAUCACGGCAGUGGAAACAGGCUUUUCCUCUUCUUUCACCUCUUCCCGUCUUGUCUUAGGGAGGGGCGGCUGUCCAAGUGGAGCCUGCUCUUCCUGCUGCUACUUGGUACUCGGUUAAUGGGCUGUCAUUGCCUCCCACACAUGACCACUGAUUACUCCACAGCCCCCCUCCCAGGGAACUCAUUCCAAGAGAAAAAUUGUGUCAUAAAAUGACACAACUCAGAUUGCACUUGCAAUAUUAGACUCACUAUAGCUGUUCUCCAUGGAGUUGUGUUUGUUUGUUUGUAUGUGUGUGAGUGUGUGUGUGUGUGAGUGGCAUUUCAUUUCUGUGUAGGGAUAACGAAUCAUGUCGGUGGAAGCAAGCAGUCAGGAAAAAAAACGAAAAGAAAAUGAAACUCCAGAAAAAAAGAUUAAAAAAAACGAAGUUCAGUAAGCUUGGUUGGGGAUCUUGGUUUUGGGUCCAUCUGUGUACAAAAUUUCACCUGAAUUAUAGAUACUAUCUGAAAAAAAUAGACCUAGUAUGCUUUAUCACGUUUCCAGCAGUAUGUAUUAAUAGUCACAUCCACUACAGCUCAGUCGCUCUUGCUUUGUCAGAAAUAGAUUAUGAUAUCUGUGAUUUGUGCCUCCUAUGUCCCAGUAGAGUGGCAAAUGCAUCCUGAUUACCAGUUCUGCGUGUUUCACUUUGGCCUUUAACGACUCAGCAUUGGAGCAGAAGCUUGGACUCUCUUUGUCUCUGAACCUGAGAGGUAGAAUGUGAUACUUAUUUCAUUAAGUUGUGUUUUGUUUAGUUGCUUUGUCUGUGAAUUUAAAGCUAUCCGAAUAGUCUAGCCAUCAUUUUCGUUGGCGAUUACUUGGCCAAUUAAUUAACCCUUUCAGGUUGACGAAGAUGACCUCUAUGUGCAUAAAUGUCUAUUAAAUGCUGUAUGUAUGUGUUGUGACUUUGUCAAGCCAUAUAUAUGAAUAUAUAAAUCUUUGCAAUGUACGUUACAUAAGUAGAGUAACUAUAUCAAAUAUAUAAGCAUACACAUUAUUAGAGUUAUAUAUAUAUCUAUAUAUAUAUCUAUAAAACCUCCAGAGGAGGAAGGCAGAGAGUGAGAGUGUUUGUGUGUGUAAAUGUCCCCUAAUGUUACUCUUGCCAACAUGUAAUGUUUUGUACAAAGUGCAGUCCUGGAAAAAAAAAAUAUCCCGACUAUCCUCAAGUAAUAAGUGUGUUUUGUCACAUCCUCUCUAUAGGAGCUACUGCUACGUGCAAACAAAUUAAGAUUUAGAGUAGAAAAAAGGCCUCGCUCCCCCGAGGACGUUCACGUCGUCUCUUGUUGUUAGUGGUAGAUUAUUGGAGACCUCGCUGUCAUUUCGGAACAUGUUGCCUCUCUCUCCGUGUGUCCUCGUUGAAACAGGGUCUCAGGUAAACUCGUCAGACUACUGUGGUAGCUGCAGGAAUAAUAGCGUAAGGAAAAUUAGAGCCUUCUUUGUGUUUAAUCACAAUGAACACUCAGCUGGGAAAGAUUGUUUUCCUGGAGAACCUCCAUGAAGCCUGAUUUUUUUAUUUUUAUUUUUUGCUCCCCUUUGCUUAAAUGCAAAGUGAGUCACUCUGUUUCGAACAGUUGUGUUGCAGGGUGUCAUUAUGCCGGUGUGCGCUCCAUGGAAGGCUGUAAAACAUAUUUAAAAGUAACUUUUUGACUGAUUGUAAUGAACCGCAGAGAAAAUGGGUCUGUGCAAUAGUUUGCUGCGGUGCAUUUAUUAUUUGUAAACGGCAAAAGGCUUUUAGCAGCUUUUCUGGACCCAUCACAGUCCCACCGUGGUCCGUCAGAAUCAGACGCAUUAGUGAAAUUUAGCGCUUGUUUCCUUUGAAUUAUUAUGCUCUGACAUCAUCCGCAUAGCUGAGCUGCUGUAAGUGGAUUUCUGUGGGUUUAAAAAAAUUAAAAGAGUGCAGCUCUGCAGGUGAUCGGACUUGAAAUGUCACGGCAGGCCACUAAUGAGGGCUGCCAACCUAUUAACUUAAAAGAAACACCAUGCACCUACUUAUAAGCAAUUAGUCAUUUCUGCUUUGGACCAACCGGAUUUAUGUUUUUUGAGCUUAAGCAGAGUUCCUGAUUGGCGUAAUAGAUGCUUUUAUCACUGCAGGCUUUCAAUGGUGGAGUGUCUUUUUUUAGCCGGGUGAAAAAGCAAUUGCUAAAAGUUUAAGGCUCUCUAUUCCUACUUCUCUAAGCCAUGUCUUUUCAUGACCUUGAUAUGAAAAUAGCACAGAUACUGCGAGGCUAUUUGAAAGCAAAACAUAAUCAAUUAAUGAGCACAAAUAUACAGAUGUUAAAUAGCUUGCUCGCUGCACUGUGUUCCUUUUAGUACGUCGUGCAUUUAGCUCUAGCUGUGAUUUUAAAAAAAUGUAUGUCUGUUUCUGGCUUGUGUGUGUGCGUGUGUGUUUGUCUCUGUAUGUUUAAUCAAUCUCCACGUAGCUGUCAAUCAAAUGUUUGCAUGACUGGUCUGAGCUGACUGUAGAAAUAAGCGAGGAGGAUUUACAAGCAGUUCCUAUUAUGACGCUAAGCUAGCUUUGUAAUGCUAACUUUAAAUACAGAUUUGCUCCCAAAAAAAAGCUAAAAUACUCCGAUGGAUGUCUUCUCUUCUAAUCAGAGAUUAAAAAGCAAAUGUUGUCUGAUGAGGGCAUUUAGUUUAUUCCUGCAAGACUUUAAAGAUAAAACCCUUUAUGACUUUACUCAGAGGUGAAACCUAUACGUGUAUAUUUUAUGUCCCUGUGUUACCAUUUGUGUAGGGAUUCUUUGCCUUUGGUUUGAGAAGAAAAAAAAAUCAGCUUAGGGUUUUGUUUGAACCACAUAUAUUUGUAAAAUAUAUCAAAUGAAGAGCUUGCAUGUUGCAGUUUGUGUUGCUAUAACUCAAUGUCCAUGUGUAAUUAUCUGUUUCCUUCUCGAAGUAUAAGUCUCUGCAUGUUUACUUUAGGGAACCUUUAGUUGAACAUAAAGAUACAAAAUCGAGGGAUGGCGUCAGUUUAGAGAUAACAAAAAAAA